AACAGAAUUUCUAUGAGUUCACGAUCUGAACAACAAGCGGUAAAAAGGUGGACAAUAGCUGUAACAACAACAACACCAUCAUGGCAUCCCACAAAAGUACUAGUCGUCCGGCAUUUAAUGACCUCCCCUUCGACAAGAAGGGCCCUAUGGGCAACGCUUGGGGACUUUGGGGUCCUGGCGACCAACUAGGCACGCUUAAUUUGCUCACCGAUGAAAUCGUAGCGCGGGCAGCGCGUGAGAAUAUCCUCACCGGGCAGCGGAUAUCGCUAAACUGGUCCAUGACUGGAGCGAAAUACCCAGAAUUCCCCCGGAAGAGCCUGGAGCAAAAGUUGAUCAACAAGGCACCACUGAAGCAUGCUCACGACGACAUGUGGACUUUCAACUCACAGUGUAGCUCGCAAUGGGAUGGGUUCCGGCACUACGCCUACCAAAAGGAGCAGCUAUACUUUAUGGGUCGCACGGCUGAGGAAUUUGCCGCAUCACCCAUCCCAAACGGUAUUCAGCAUGUUUCGCGACAAGGAAUCUGCGGUCGCGGCGUCUUGAUCGACUGGUAUCGCUGGGCGCGGGCGCAAAGCAGAGUCAUUGACGCGACAACUGCCCAUCCGAUUCCAUUUUCGGAGCUCAUGGAGGCGCUGCGGCAUCAAGGCAUGUCGCCCGACGACAUCCUUCAGGGAGAUAUACUCAUCAUACGGUCCGGAUAUAUCGAGCAAUACGAGAGCCUUGCGGAAGAAAAGGCGGCCGAGCUGAACGAGAUGUACAAGACACAAAAACCCUCGAAUAUUGGCGUCGAGCCAUCCAGAGAACUUCUCGAGUUCUUGUGGGAAAAACGCAUCGCUGCCGUGUGCGGAGACUCGAGGUCAUUUGAGGUUUGGCCCUGCACACAGCUCGAGUGGCACCUGCACGAGUGGCUGCUUGCCGGCUGGGGCAUGCCUAUCGGAGAAUUAUUCGAACUCAACGGCCUUUCAGAAGCGUGUGCCGAAAAGAAGCGAUGGACGACUUUCUUGUCGACUUCGCCCAUGAACUUGCUGUCAAUAUAGGUUGAAGGAGGUGUUGCCAGCCCGCCAAACGCUAUCGCGUACUUGUAAUUCCCCGAUACUGUAUUCAGCGGAGCGGAGAAGUCGAAGCGAUGCGAAUAUUUCUUUA